CAAGAAUGUCCAUGCAUGUUUGGCCAACAGCAGCGGGGGCGGCAGCACGCGGUUGGGCUACGGCCGACGACGCCGGGAUUCAACGCGCUUGAUGGGCCUCCGCAAGCCACGCGGUCCAGACGGUUCUCGUAGCAGCGGCGAAGAUCCAGACCCGGAAGAGGAAGAGGACGAGGGCGGGUCUAUGAGGGAGAGGAUGAUGUCGUACGCGAUGCCCGCGUCCAAGCGGAGACCCCCGGAGGAGGAUGACAUCUGGAGCAAGCACUCUGUCUUCGAGUUCAAGAGCCUGAACGACCCCGACACGAACGCUUGCGGCUACAAGGGCCUCAGCGGCCAACCGUCCUCGUCUCGACGUAGGACCCGCUCCUCGCAAGCACCGGCUCCAGAACGGCGUCUCACCUCCAGCCAACAACCGGCGGCCUUCUUCGAUGGCGUCGGAGACCUGAAGGAAGCAGAGCGACCAACAGGAACGGACGCCGCAUUUGAUGCCGAUUUUUUCGCGUUCAGGGAGAAGGACUCUCUCGCGAGCGUAAAACGGCGGCGUGAAGUGGAGCGACGCCAGCGUAGCGCGGCUGGCGGUGCUGGGGGCGGCGAUGGGAGUGCGGUUAAGGUUGAGCUGGCGACGCAGCUGGGCCUGCCCGCGAGUUCCACUUACGACGAGCUUCGCACAGCCUACCGGGUGGAGAUCAAACGAUGCCACCCUGAUCUCGCCGGGGACAACGAGUUCCGAGUCAAGUUCCUCGAGCGAAAGUUCCAGAAGCUCCAGGGUUGCUGGGACAUGUUCAACGCCGAACGUACGGCCAGUUCCACUGCUACCGCAGCGGAGCCGGAUGUUGGCGCCGGUAGCCAGGAGGGCCGGUCGCGGGCUAGAGCGCGCGCGAAGCGGGUGGACUGGGAGCAGCAGGCGGCAGCGGCGGCAGCGGCCGGGCGCAGCGGAAGGCCGGUCAUGGACCCGGAUCGGAAAGUUAUGGACCCUGGGAACACCAGCUCUUGUUAAUUUUUGUCGUUGGGUGGCUGUGUGUGUGUGUGUUCAGCACAAGGUGCAUGCGUGUGUGCUCAGCACAAGGUGCUUGUGUUUGUGCUCAGCACAAGGUGCUUGCGUGUGUGCUCAGCACAAGGUGCUGAAGAGAGAAGCGGUGUGCUACGUUGGGGCGAAACUCCAUGUCUGGAGCGAUGACUUUAGACUUCACCGUGUUGAGUAUCUAUUCUUCGAAGAUUAUUUUUGUGAAAUUGGAAACUAGGUUUUGUUAAGCUCGUUGGAGUUGCUACCGAGGCUGCAUUUGUUUGAGUGUGUAAUUGUCUGUGCUCGUUUCGAGCGGCGUUGCGAGACCAAGCAUGAGCCUGUAGCAACAGCAGCAGAGAGAGAAUGGGUCUGUCCGCGCUUUGAGUCUUUCGGUGAAAUGGAUGGGUCAUGAGGCUUUCUUUCCAGCAGCCUUUUGUUUAUUGAUGUUAAGGGUGAGGUUGUGGAUGCUGGGACAUGGGGUUGGCGAGUUCAAAAGACGCGGGACACGCCCUAGUAUUUUGUUUUGCCUUGUUUGGGCUCACGGAGCAGGGGUUGGCUUGCUGAGCGUUGUGGAAAGGUUUUACGUACUGUAGUUGGAUUUUCUUGUACUUUGGUGCUAUCUGGCUAAAUGUAGUGGGUCGGGCAGACCCAAGUGGGCUAGUUUGGGGGCGGUUGUUUUUAUGUUUUUUUUCCU